AUGUUUGGGAAUUCAUCUUCAGAGGGCUUACUUAUGCUUGCAGUUUUGGGUUUACCUUCUACACACAUUUAUCCAGCUUUUGUUUUUGGAACACUAGCCUAUCUAUUUAUUGUUUUUUGCAAUGUAUUGGUAUUAGCAACAAUAGCUGUGAAUAAAAAGCUACAUAAACCUAUGUUUAUCCUUCUGUUCAACCUACCCAUUAGUGACAUAGUGGGUGCAACUGCUUUUUUUCCUCACUUUGUGUUCAGCGUUGUGUCACAGAACAGAUUGAUUUCAUCUCCUGCAUGUAUUACUCAAGCUUUCUUCAUCCAUUUCUAUGGAACAGGAAACCUGCUGGUCUUGAGUGCGAUGGCAUAUGACAGAUAUGUUGCUAUAUGUUUUCCACUAAAGUAUAACACUAUCAUGAGCUCCCCAAACUUAAUUAAAAUUACUGUUCUAAUAUGGUUCAUUAACUUUUCAAUGAUGCUUCCACUGUUUAUUUUAGUUGCACGGUUCAAAUUUUGCAGGACAAAUAUAGCAGACAUUUACUGUAAUAAUCCAUCAUUAAUGAAAUUAAUCUGUCAAGACAUCAGGGUGAACAACUAUUAUGGAAUAGCUACCAUGUUUCUUCUCAUGGGUGGUCCACUGUUGAUUAUUAUGUACACAUAUGUACAGAUUUUACGCACAUGUGUGAUGACUAAUCACAUAGAUGCCAGGAAAAAAGCGAUUCAGACCUGUGGUACACAUUUAGCUGUUUUUCUACUUUUACAAAUAAACACAGCCUUUACGUUAAUUUCUCAUCGCAUUGAGAAUGUGUCUCCGUUUCUGAGAAGAGCUCUUGGAGUGUCUGUUUUAAUUUUUCCUCCUUUCUUGGACCCAAUCAUUUAUGGCCUGAAAACCAGAGAACUGAAGCAGGGUAUAAAUAUGUUCCUCAAAAGAAACUUUGCUUCAACAAAGUAG